UGUACGAAUCAAACCAGAUUUACGUUUCUCACAACAACCAAAUUAAAGAAGUCAAUCAAGUUUUUUCUUCUCUUCUUUCUUUGUUUCAUUCCCAAUAAAAAGAAAAAUCAAACAACCAUUUUAACUCAUCCCCUUCUGUUUCAAGUCUCAAGAGUUUCUUCUUCUUCUUCUUCUUUUCAUUCCCAAUAAAGAGAAAAAAGAACCAUCUCUUCCCCUUCUGUUUCAAGUCUCAAGAGCUGCUUCUUCUUCUUCUUCUUCUUUGCUUUCAAGUGUAUAUCAGCAACUAUGAUUACUGGAAAGGAUAUAUACGAUGUCCUUGCAGCGCUUGUGCCACUAUAUGUUGCUAUGUUAUUAGCAUAUGGAUCGGUCCGGUGGUGGAAAAUCUUUACUCCGGAUCAAUGCUCUGGCAUUAACCGUUUCGUGGCAGUUUUCGCUGUUCCUCUACUUUCUUUCCAUUUCAUCUCCGCCAAUGAUCCUUACACGAUGAAUUUCCGCUUCCUCGCUGCUGAUUCCCUCCAAAAAGUAGUGAUUCUUGUUGCUUUGCUUCUAUGGAACACUUUGAGCAAGCGCGGGAAUCUUGACUGGGUGAUCACUCUUUUUUCGCUCUCAACACUUCCAAACACCCUUGUGAUGGGAAUCCCACUUUUGGAAGCAAUGUAUGGCGAUUUCUCGGGUAGUCUAAUGGUUCAAAUUGUGGUUCUUCAGAGUGUGAUUUGGUACACUCUCAUGCUCUUCUUGUUCGAAUACAGAGGAGCUAAGUUACUUAUCUCCGAACAAUUCCCCGAGACAGCUGGUUCUAUCUCUUCAUUUCGAGUUGAUUCUGAUGUUUUGUCGUUGAACGGCCGUGAGCCUUUGGAGACAGAUGCUGAGAUUGGUGAUGACGGGAAGCUCCAUGUGGUGGUGAGAAGAUCAAGUGCAUCAUCACUGGUUUCAUCAUUUAAUAAGUCUAAUAUGACUUCAAUGACUCCAAGAGCAUCGAAUCUUACAGGCGUGGAGAUCUAUUCUGUUCAAUCUUCACGAGAACCAACACCGAGAGCUUCCAGCUUUAACCAGAACGAUUUUUACGCCAUGUUCAGCAAGGCUCCAAGUCCAAAAAAGGGAUACACAAAUAGCUUUCAAGGUGGUGGUGAUGUUUAUUCACUAAAAUCGUCGAAAGGACCAACGCCAAGGACUUCAAAUUUCGAUGAGGAAAUGCUGAAGAUUGGGAUGAGAAGGGGAGAGACGAGUAUGAGUGGAGGAGAGUUGUUAAAUGGUGGUGGUAACAAUUUUGUUUCUUCAUAUCCCCCUCCGAAUCCAUUUUUCCCAGGUGGAUCUACCAGUGGUGGUGGUGGGGGAACACACAAGAAGAACAAACAAAAUGGUCGUUCAUUGCCUCCUAACAAGGAGCUUCACAUGUUUGUGUGGAGUUCAAACACUUCACCCGUCUCUGAAGCGAAUUCAAAACUAUCAUUUAACAGAGCUUCUUCCAAUGAUUUUAGUGUCAUUGACGCCUCCAAAACUGAAAAUUCUGCUCCAAAAGGUAAGAAAGAAACAAACUCGCUAUUAACUUUUUCUUGUUCGCAUUUUGUCGAACAUCUGAUGUGCAAUACUUACUAUUUGCCAAACGUUACAGAUAUGGAUGAGUUAAAUCAAAAGAUGGACGCAGAGGAGGGACUGAAAUUUCAAGCCAAUGGGUCUCUCUACGGUAACAAGGCGAUGGACAUGGAAGAAGAUAGAUCAAAGAAGGUUCAAAUGCCUCCUGCAAAUGUGAUGACUAGGCUUAUACUUAUUAUGGUUUGGAGGAAACUCAUACGAAACCCUAACACUUAUGCAAGCCUUUUGGGUCUCAUUUGGUCUCUUGUAUCUUGCAGGUGGAACAUUGAAAUGCCAAAAAUUGUAAGUGGGUCAAUAUCCAUACUAUCAGAUGCAGGUUUGGGAAUGGCCAUGUUCAGUCUAGGUUUGUUCAUGGCAUUGCAACCAAAGAUCAUAGCAUCUGGAAAAUCAGUGGCAGUGUUUUCAAUGGCAGUGAGGUUCUUGACAGGGCCAGCAGUGAUUGCAGCAACUUCCCUUGCAGUUGGUCUCCGCGGUGUUCUUCUACAUGUUUCAAUUGUUCAAGCUGCUCUUCCACAAGGAAUUGUUCCUUUUGUAUUUGCAAAGGAGUACAAUGUUCAUGCUGACAUACUUAGCACUGCGGUUAUUUUUGGAAUGUUGGUUGCCUUGCCAGUUACCAUCAUAUACUAUGUGCUGCUGGCGCUAUAAGAGUACUGUUGAAGGAAAUUAACAGGAAAUAAAACUCCUAUGCUAAAUAUCAACUCAUGAGGCUCAUUAGGUGGAUAUAUAUAUAUAUAUAUAUAUUUCCUUCAUUGUGGUGCUGCUGCUGGGGCUAUAAGAUUAGGAAGCAAACAGGGAACAUGUAUCUUAUACUCCAAAUCCAACUCAAAUUAGGUGGAUCUAAUGUUGUUAUAAACAAGUAUAUUUUCAUCUGGAAAUAGUGUUUUAACAUGAAAAAUCGUGCCAUUUAGCAUGUGACUAUUUGUGGA